AUGAGAACGAGACCAGACCCUGAACCACCAGCAUCUGCAUCUGGUCCAACUAGAACAGGACCCGGCCCUGAACCAUCAGCAUCUGGUCCAAUUAGAACUGGACCCGACCCUGAACCACCAGCAUCUGGUCCAAUUAGAACUGGACCCGACCCUGAACCACCAGCAUCUGGUCCAACUAGAACAGGACCCGGCCCUGAACCAUCAGCAUCUGGUCCAAUUAGAACUGGACCCGACCCUGAACCACCAGCAUCUGGUCCAACUAGAACAGAACCAGACCCUGAACCACCAGCAUCUGGUCCAGUGAGAACAGGACCGGACCCUGAACCACCAGCAUCUGGUCCAACGAGAACAGGACUGGACCCUGAACCACCAGCAUCUGGUCCAACGAGAACAGGUCCAGACCCUGAACCACCAGCAUCUGCUCCAACUAGAACAGGACUGGACCCUGAACCACCAGCAUCUGGUCCAACUACAACAGGACUGGACCCUGAACCACCAGCAUCUGGUCCAACUACAACAGGACUGGACCCUGAACCACCAGCAUCUGGUCCAACUACAACAGGACUGGACCCUGAACCACCAGCAUCUGGUCCAGCUACAACAGGACUGGACCCUGAACCACCAGCAUCUGGUCCAGCUACAACAGGACUGGACCCUGAACCACCAGUCUCAUCAAAUCAUUCGUGGUUUGAGUGA